UCUCGAGUUCAUUUUCCCGACAACCCUCCACCUAGCAACUACAGCCUUAUAUGGUGCCGUCUGAUCUCCCUUUUGAUUCGAAAUUGAUACUAGAUCAUCUGAUGCCUUUUUUGUUGUUAAAGAAAAAAAUUUAUUUUCCGCCUUCCUAGUUGUACACGGCUUUUUCAUCCGAGGCAGGUCAGAGCGACCAUUGGUCGUUCAGGACUAGUUCUACUCAUGGUUUAGGAAUACAUAUUAUCAUAAUUGCUCAUUACAGUAACACAUAUCAGACCGGAAGGAUGACGGGAGGUGGCGCGGCAAAGGCCGCAGAGGAGGCACCCAUAUGGAAGAUUUGCCCGCAGUCAAUAGGCAAGCAAGCGCAGAGUCAGAGGAACAAUGCUCCUAUGUACUCGCUCUCUAAAUGCACUAGAGAACACCGAAGUAAGGUCUUCAUUAGCAAGGAAGCGAGCAAAGGCGGCAUUCCAUUGGAUACGCCUGGGGCGAUUUACGAUGUCGCGACUAGCACCUUAAACCUCAGCUCAGGUACACUAUGAAUUUUUUUUUGAAAUUUUGUUUGAUUUACCUGAGCUGAGGUUUAUGGUGCACGAUCAUGAAUCUGAUUUGUCCUCUGGUAUCAACAUGUAGAUGUAGAGAGUCAGCAAAGUGAAAGUUAGUUUACGAACACAACUUUGUAGAAUCAAUUAAAAACUAAAAAAAGUAAACUAGUACAUUACUAUUUUUCAUCGAUCACUAUCACACCAUCGAUCACAGUGUCAUCAAAAACUCAACAUCAGGGCAAGCGUUCUCUUGUGGGCCAAAGAUGGUGUUCGGCCGAUCAAAGAACAAAUAUGAUUGGCAGAACAAGAAGACUGAUUUGCUUUCAGGGGAGGUAACGGAAAUAGCGAACAGGAUGAGGUACUUUGGAUUUGGUAAUGCUCCGGAGUUCCCAUCUGGUAAUGACAACAGUGACUUCUAGUUGAUUCAGUAGAAGAAGACGCAAAAUCUAUAUUAUCAUCUGCAUGUUAUUUCUCACAAAGCAAUUGCAACACAGGUAGACAUGCACAGCUACAAACGAGGUUCCAUGACAUGACAGGUACAAGAAGCAGAGGGACGUGCCAUUCACAAAGGAACCAAUCGGUUUGGCGAACAAUAUCGAAAUUUUCAAGGCACACCCGAUAGCAUUUCAAGGCCUCGAUAGUCCGGGGCCAGGACCAUUGCCAAAUAUCAAGAUUAUGAAGACAUGCUUCUCGUGAUUAAGAUAAUUUCAAUUUGGAGGAACUUUUCCUCCACGCCCUCGUCAGAUUGAACAGAUUUUAUCUUCAUCGUGUAUGUCAAUCCACCCCGAUGAUGAAUGUGGUUUCUUCCACUUCAUAGUCAUAUUGAACAUCUAUCUUCAGUCCCUCUUUCAUUUCCCAAACGUCAAAGUACAACAACGAUCCACGGAUGCCGUUCGGAGUGAAGACUGAAAUCGGGAGUAUGUAUGCGGGAGAUAAACACACCAAUCCUGACGUCGGCCCCAAUAGUUAUCCGCCAUUGGUGUCCUUCGGAAACCAGACUCUAUCGCAGCGACGCAACGCCUCAACGCACGCGUUUCCAAGACAGCCGAAAUUCGGAAGAGAAGUCAAAUCAAAGGAUGAGGGUAGUGUCUUCGUCUUUCACCCGUUUUAGCAAAUCUUCGCUUUCAGGAGUUUGUUGCGUCAUGGAUGUGCAACACCAAUAUAUUCUGAUCAGAGCGGAAUAAACGUGAUCGUGAAUAGUCUUUGAUAUGAUGAUUUUGUCUCUGAGUGUGAAAGAGCAAGAUGAAAAUGAAUGUCGUGCUAAAUUGAAAUUUAUUGCAGGUCCGAACGUGAAUCUGAACCUUUCCGCCUUUGGGCGACAAGCUAGAGGCGACAAAAGGAGCGAGCAAACAGUGGGCUUCUCAUUGGGCACACGAGGGCAGGCGCAAAGAAUGACAAGAUGCAUGACUGAGAAGGAUUCAGGUAAGUACCUCUGCCUUUUCUUUUCUAGCUUGUGCAGAAUGCGAUAUUAGAGUAAUCCAAUUCAAAGAAAUUGAAAUAGUAUUCUAGAAGGUCUCCAAAAAAGAGAGUAAUCCAAUCCGAAUAGAUAUCUUUAAAAUACUAUUAAAAUUCUAGCUUCUUUUUUUCUCUCUGAGAAGUCGAAGUUCGCCACUGGGAGGCACCGUGGCUAUUCUGUAUCGUCGAUACACUCCUGACCACUUGCAGGGGGUUGAAUUGGAUAGCCCUCGCAGCAUGUUAUCCCACUACUCAUCAGCUGCUCCAACCGCGAAAGCGCGCAUGCCGCAUCCGCCGCUACCAUCCGAAAGGAAGGCGAUUGCUUUCUCGGGUUCUAUGGGCGCUUUCUCGUAAGUAAUCUAUGUUGUUGUCAUAGAACAUGAAAUCACAAGUCCUGUAUUUUUGACGCACUAAAAGUAUGACGAAUAGAUUUGCUGAACUGAUGAUGAGUAGCAGAAUGGAUCAUAGUAGACGUCAUAGUACUGAAAGAAAUGUGAUACAACUUAAUUUCGAAUUAUACCACUAGAUAGAUAUCGUUGUUACAACAUACUUUUCAAAAAUAGAAGAUUUUACAGAGUUUUCGUGCAGAUGACUAAACAUGAGAAAAUUUUUCAUCGGAACUGUGGGCUUCGUGUUAUCUUAUGUCGUGGCUUUUUUUGUCUAGUAGUUCUUUCUUUCAACCUGCUUGUUGUUACAAAAGUAUGUGCAUAAUGAUAGAUAACUGCGACAAAACGAUGUCAGAUUCGGUGUUGCAGAUGUGAUUAACAUGCAUCCAACACACUGUAUAUUGAAGUAAAGCCUAAUUCCACUUAUAUACAACCAUGUGUCAGAAAGCUAAUCUAACGCUUCAUUGGAUUCCUGAAUAGUGACUGAACGGAAAAGAAAUAUCGACUUUCACGCUAGUUUUGGAAAACAGGAUCAUAAACAUUCAUGUACAUACUGAACAAAAUGUAUAGAAGGAGCAUGAAAUAUCAGACGGAGUUGUAAUAGUACAACUACCAGCAUCGAGACAAACUUCUACAGUCUGUCAUCGAGUCGAUUAUUUUCAACUAAAAUUGAUAGUUUCUUGUUCGAGGAC